UUGCCUUCUCGUUCUUCAUUCAUAUUUGAGCUUUGGAGGCGAAUUGAUAGUGUAGUUUAGUUUAGUUGAGUUUUAUUACUUAUCUUAAUAAAUUUGCUGCCUUCUUCUAUUUUAACCAAGCUUUCACUACAGUAAACACAGUUUUUAGCCACAUUUUUUUUAUCCACCACACACUAUCAAGUAAAUAAUGACACGAUCACUUGCCCAAUUCGAAGUGGAAUCGCUCGCAUGGAUUAAUAUCGCCGUGGCACUGUUAGGCUUACCACUUUUUGGGGUUUACAUUUACUUCUCAAUUGAAGGAGCAGACAAUCUGGAAUUAUUCUUACUUAACGACCCCCGUGGACAAUAUUUAAUUCAGUCAUUAGUGAAAUUAUUUUUUUUACUCAUUUUAUGGAUCCCGAUGUCAGUUGGGCUAAAACUUGCAGCAUCUCGAAGGGACCAAAGUAUGCUAAAAUGUUGGAACAUUUUUCAAGUAAUUUUAAUCUUCGUAGUAGCUUUGCAUUUGCUGGUCCAACCUCCCAGAACUUUGAUAACGGUAUUUGCCUACACGAUUUGCUUCGCCUACUUCCUUAUCUCAUUGUGGAUUUGCGAAACUCUGGUUGAAGAAAUAAAAGAAGGAAAUGCAGGCAAAUUUGUGAGAAUGGAUAGUCAAACAUCAGCAGCCGCAGAAAUCCUCACAGCCGAGGAUGAUAACAAUAACAAUACAAUUCUUACUGACUCUAUUGAAUUUCGUAAUAUACUCGAGGAUAGAAAUAGUGUCGAUGACAUGCUGUCAAUUCAAAUGAAGAAAGUCUUAUCUAAACCUGUUUUAUAAUAAUGCAUGCUGCAAUUACACAAGCAAAUUUAGCGAUGUGAAAGCAGUCUAACUGUUUCGUCUUUACUUAAAUUUUAGUUGGAUUAUCAAAGGUUUUAAUUGUACAAUCAUGCGUAAUUUUAUUCUAUUUUUCCUUUCCGUAAAGUCAUAUAUGUACCUGUCGGUCGUGUUUAAGUUUUAAGGGUUUACACCCAAUCUGUCAAUUAUGAGAAGUUGUGAACAAAAUAUUUUAUUGUAGUGUUGCGCAAUAAAGUAUACAAAAAUUAUCAAGCCGUCCAACUUAUUUUUUUAAUCGACCUUUCAUGACAACCAAUCAUAAUGACUUGUGUAGAAUUUCUUUGUCUUUCUACAAGAUUUCAGUUAGCAGAUUUGUCAUUUAACCACCAAAUCAGGGGUGUUUUCUCUCAUUAACAACAUGCAUAUUCCUGGCCUGCUAGUUGGAAAAUGGAUUCGAUACGGUCGUCGGGUUCAAAAGAGAUUGAAAUACAGGAAGAGGAGAAAAGCUCGACUUGUCAAAUUUCCCUGGGAGACUACACCCAGACAAAAGUUGGAAGAACGAAAGAAACGACAUGAAAUUCGAACUAAUGAAGGGAAAAAGAAGUUGAAAUUAAUGAGGGUGAAAUUCCCGGAGCCCCACAGACCUUCCACAAUUGGGCCGGGUUAUCCUGGAUUUGCUUUGGUGUACGCCAACAUGGAAAUUGCUCGUGGGGAAAGGGAAAGAAAAGUGCUACAGCGGAAUGCAACUGGUCAUCCGCAAGUUUAUGAACCAUUACGCACUGAUUUGCCACAUCCCGUUCCUGACAAUGUCUUUGAAGAAUUUUGUCAUCGCAUUGGUAUCGAACGAUACAAAAUAGAGGAAACUCCAACGGAACCCAAAAAUGCGUUGGAUCUCAGACCUUGUGAUUUGUACUGGGAAGAUAUAAGAAUCGAGAGGAAUAUGAUUGUGAAAGAAGUGAAGCAGUUGCCAAAAUUGGAUCCCGUGGAUCUCGAGGAUUUGGAACCUUUGGAAAAAUCAAUCUUUAACAUUUCCAGAUCUUGUUACUUUUCUCCAUUCAGUUCUCAUCCAAAAUCGGAAGAUGUUCUUCAUCUCAUUGUGUGGCUUUUGAACAGGAAAAAUCUCCCGAUCGCAUUUCACAUAAAGCUUUUACAAGCUGUCUCGCUUAUUGUUCACUCCUCACCAGUUUUUAAACGAGAAUUUUGCAGAUGUGGCGGAACCCGUGUAGUUUACCGGUCGUUACAAGUUGGCCUUAUAAUUUGUCCUUUACAAGCUUGUUGGGCAUGUUAUGCUCUGACAAUGGCUUCAAUAGGUUCGUCGAUGGUGAUUGAUGAGCUCCAGAGAAUACCAGACUUUGACGAGGCUGUUGGUGAAAUGACUUUCCCAAUGUAUUGGUAUUAUUGGCCAACAAAUUUCGCCAACAUUUUGCAAGCCCUUAUAUUUGGACCUGGAGGAGUUGCAAAUACGCAAGAUACUUUUAGUUUCCUUUGAUUUUAUUACGAAUCGUUGUUUAAUAAACAGUUUCAGUAUUUUUUUA